UGUGUAUUUUCAUUUUUGUUUUUCAAGGCUUUUUUUUUGAUUUUAUGGAAUUGUUGGCUGACUGCCACAUAUGACAUCAGUGUCUGGUCAAUUUAAAGCAGGAAGGUGCGUGAAGGAGUUUAAAUGGACUGAGGGCAGAGCGAAUGGGAGAGAGAGAGAGACUGAGGAAGAAGAGAAAGUUCAAAACAACCUUUAAGGAACAGAACCACGGAAGGAGAAAUGUGAUAAAGGAAGACUAAUGUUUUUCCUUUAAAAAAAGGGAGUUUUAGUUGGAUCUGAAGAGAAGUUCAUGCACUGAAAAAUUAGUCAACAUACAGGGUCGACAAUACAUCUUGCUUCUUGUCCUGAGACAUUGUGAACGAUGGAUUUUACACAUCGGCGGAACUCACUCCACCAUGCUCCCUGCUAGUCUUCUGCAGAUGGUCGUCCUGUGUGCCUGGGUGCUGUUAGCUGGAGAAGCCAGCUUGUUCUCCGAAGGAGGGAAGACAGUGCCGUUGGAUGCAAGCCGAAAGGAAGGUGCAGCACACUCUUUGCCAGAUCCUGAGCUGGUCCAUACCCUCCGCAGGACUCUACUGAGCAGAUUGGGACUGAGCCAUCUCCCCAAACCCAAUCCUGCUGCCAUCAUCCCUCAGUACAUGCGUGAUUUGUACCAUUUUCACACCGGGGAUUACGGCAACAUCCAGGAUUCUAGCUUCACCCACUUAGGGAAACACACACGGGGCGCCAACACAGUGCGGAGCUUCCAUCACUUGGAUUAUCUCCAGGAGGUUCCCUAUCCUAAGGGAAGAGGUUUCCACCAGAUCGUCUUCAACUUGACUACCAUCCCUGACCGAGAACAUGUCACCUCGGCCGAGCUCCGUUUAUUCCGGGAGGCUGAGAUUAGGGCUAGUCCCGGUCUGGAUGUGGUGGCUGUUUACGAGCUCUCUGGGCCCCUUGGCAGAGGAACGAUGGGGCGCAGGCUACUGGAGAGGCGCCUGCUACCCGGUAACCGGAGCCAGUGGGAGAGCUUCGAGGUGGGCCCGGCGGUGAUGAACUUGAAAGCAGGGCAGCGGCAAAGGCGGGGACUGGUGGCUUUCCUGGUCGAGAUGAGGCCGGGCCUGUCACCACGUGGGCGGCUGAGGGUCGGCAGGUCACCACGGGAGGCUGAGGAACCCCGCUGGCCACUCCUGGUCACCUAUGGCCGGGACAGUGGUGGUGGGAGGGCUUUGGGAUCCAGGCCCAAGCGGCAUGGCCUGAAGAAAGGGGCUCGGACCAGAGUCCGGUCGCGUAAUCGGUGCCGCCGGAGGCCGCUGUACGUAGACUUCAAGAGGGUGGGCUGGACUGAGUGGAUCAUCGCUCCCCGUGGCUACAAUGCCUUUUACUGCCAGGGUGAGUGCCGGUUCCCGCUUGCCGAUCACAUGAACUCCUCCAGCCAUGCCAUCGUGCAGACUCUGGUCAACUCAGUGAACACUGACAUCCCCAAGGCCUGCUGUGUACCCACCGAGCUCAGCCCAGUCGCCAUGCUCUACCUAGACGAUGAUGAGAGAGUGGUCCUCAAGAAUUACCAGGAGAUGGCCGUCGAAGGCUGUGGAUGCCGCUGAGAGAACAAACCCUGCCUCCAACAGAUGCGAGACCAUUAUGCCAUGGGGGUAAUCUUCAUUGAGUAACUGAAUCAUUGCAGAUCUUCAUUGAAUCAUUGGGAAGUCUUCAUUAAGUCACUGGGAUUCUUCAUUGAAUCAUCAAAGAUCUUCAUUACAUCGUGGGGAGCCUUAAUUGAGUCAUUGAAGGUGGUCUGCAUUGAGUAACUGGGGUGAUUUUUAUUGAAUCAUAGGGGAUAUUCUUUAAGUCAUUGGGAGUCUUUAUUGAGUCAUAGUGAUGAUCUUCAUUGAAUCAUUGGGGAUCUUCAUUGAUUAAUAGUGCAGUCUUGAUACAGUCAUUGGAGGUGGUCUUCACUGAGUCUUUGUGGUCUUCAUUGAGUCAUUGGGUGCUCUUCAUUAAGAUAUUGGGGAGUCUUCAAUAAGUCAUUGAGAGUCCUCAUUGAGUCAUAGUGGUGGUCUUCAUUGAGUCAUGAAUUGUCUUCACUGAGUCUUUCAGGGGUUUUCAUGGAGACAUUGAGGAUCUUCAUUAAGUCAUUGGUAAUCUGAAAGGUUCAUCUGAAAGAUGAUGUGGAGAUGCUGCUGUCGGACUGGGUUAGAUAAAGUCAGAAGUCACAUGACAUCAGGUUAUA